GGCCCAAAUCCUCAUGCCUGCCUUACGUUGAGUGAAGAUCCAAAAAAUAAAAAACAAAGGAGCAGGUGGAGGGCUUCUCGUCAACUUUUAUCUCUUAAGCAUAUAUUAGGUCUUGGUUCCUAUAACAUCCCAAAAUCGAGGCUUGUCUUAUUGGUCAUCAUUCCACCAUAACUAAGGGCUCCUUCUAAUGGACAACCAGGCUGCGAAGCUCUCUCCGUCUUCAUUCCACGACCAUAUUUCUCUGCUUCUUGCUGGAAGCACAAAUGAUAGGAUAGAGGACAUGGAAGAAUCGAGAAAGGGAGCCAAAAAAAACAGGCAGAGAUCUUCCAGUUCCACGGCAGGCUUUUUCCACGAUCCAUGCCAGAAUUGCUCUUCACCUUCGGACCAUUUCUGCCAGUCUUCUGGCUUCACACAUGCCACAUCAUCAAAAGUAACAACAGUGGAACAGCCUCUAAAGCAUGGGUGCGAUUGCAACUACAUUCAGCCUUCUUCCGCUCCAUCUGUAAGCAAAGAUGCUGCAGUGUCUCCUGGCGGUGUUGACAAAAUUAAGACAAGUCACAAUUCCCAACGAAGUGGCCUGGGUGUUGCCUGGCAAUGGUCAAGAAUGCGCCAAAGUAUAAUCAGAAAAAAUGACGCAAUGGGUUUUCAAAGUACAAGGCAUUUCAAGGGAUAUCCCCGGGAAAGUCCUUCUGAAGCCAAUUGCUCACAAAGUCAAGCACUCUCACAAGAAAACUCGAGGGAAGAAAUUGAUCCUAUAAACCAGGAGAAUCUCUCUGACUCCGCCUUCAAGUACGCAUAUUUCAGCAGAAAUGAUAGCCAACAUACUGAUAGAGAGCAGAAGAGGCUUAGCGUGAGUGAGCACAGGUCAAGCACAAGCCUCAGUCACAAGUAUCAGCCAAAGAGUUUCCAGCAGGUUGUAGGCCAUGAAAUCAACAUUAAGGUCAUAUUUAAUGCUGUUCAGAGGAACAAAGUCGCUCAACUUUAUCUUUUUCAUGGCCCCAGUGGUACUGGCAAGACAUCAACUGCUAGAAUAUUUGCCAUGGCAUUACACUGUGAAUCCACUUCACUUGACAAACCAUGCUGGACUUGCAGAGGAUGCUGUAGAAGCCUUUAUAUGAUGGACUUGUGCUCCGGAAGUAGAACCACUGGAUUCCUAAGAAUUAGUACACUUCUUCAAUGCACGUCUUUUGCACAAGCAGUUCCAGGAUUUAAGGUCUUCAUCAUUGAGGAGUCUCAUUCACUGACAGCAGAAGCAUGGGAUGAGCUUUUGGGUAUAUUGGAAAAUACAUAUAGUGCUACUUUGAUUUUUGUGCUGAUUGCUGAAGAUGCAAACAUGAUUCCAGAAUGCAUAUCAUCAAAAUGUCAGAAAUUCUGUUUUCCAAGACUUAAUAACAUGGAUGUCACAUUAAAGCUAGCAAGAAUAGUAGCUGAGGAGGCAAUUACAAUUGAAAAAGAUGCAGUGAAACUGAUUGUUGCCAAGGCAGAAGGAUCAUUGAAAGAAGCAGAACACAUAUUGGAUCAGUUAACCUUAUUGGGACCAAGAAUCACUAGUUCCAUGGUCCAACAACUUGUAGGUCUAGUUCCGCAGAAUAAACUCAUCAAUUUACUCAAAGCAGCUCUUUCUGGAGACACUAAGAAAACUAUUAUAACUGCCAGGGAAUUAGUUGCAACUGGGGUUGAAGCUGAAGCCAUUAUAUUCCAGUUGACAUCUCUCAUUACAGAUAUACUCACAGGUGUUGCUAUCAAUAUUCCUACUCACUCAGCAUUUGCUGGGCCAUCCAAAGAUGAGGAACUGCUAGAAACCGAAUCACAAUUCAUAGACACUCAAUCAGACAACUUAUGCUAUGCCUUAAAGAUAUUACUUGACGCGGAGAAGCAGCCUAGAUCAUCAUUUGACAACAUUACCUGGGUAUAUGCAGCUCUUCUACAGAUUGCUUCACGAGAUAUUUCUGAUGGAAUAUCUUCAGGAAUUUCCUUUCCAAAGAGGACAUUAAAACCCUUGGGUGACACAAUCCAAUCCCACAGCAGAAAUGUGGCAAGUUAUCAUUCCACCAGCAACACUUAUGUGCAACAAAAUAGAUGCAGCAGAGACCUAAACAUAACCAAUGCAAGCAUGGAGAAGACAGUGAAAUACAAAGGAAAAGGAGUUGCAAGGGAGCUUAACUUAGCUAGCAUGAGAGACAUGGAUGAGAUUUGGUUGAAUAUCCUUGAAAGAAUAGAAAGCAGAGAUAUCAAACAAUUCUUGUCCAGCCAUGUGAAGCUUGCAUCAUUAACAGUAUCCAGCGCAGCCAAUGUCAUUGUACAUUUGAUGUUCAAAAGAGCUGAAGCCAAGCUGGCAGCCCAGAUGUCUGAACAAAGCAUAUCAAAAGCUUUAGAAACUGCAAUUGGGUGCUUAGUCAUGGUAAAUAUGAGCUUGGAGCCAGUUGAAUUGGGGAUCAUCAAAGAAGAUACUGCCUCUACCAACAACUUCCAGUCAGCUGAAUGCAAUCAUCCAAGAGAACCGCAUCAAAAAUCAUUUCCUGAGAUUUUAUACAAAGCAAAUUCUGGAGCUACAUUGCACCAAAGCACAUAUAGGAAAUUGGGUUCUUCAUCAGUUAGCAACCCACAGCUUACUGAGUUGAAAGAUAGCACAUUGAUAGCUGAAGUGCAAGCAGCAAGAGAAACAGAGGCACGCAGCCAGAUUUUGCCCUUUUCGGGAUCUCUGAUGCAGGAGAACCAAAUGAGAGCCUCCACAGGUCCCACAACCAAUUCUCUGGGAAAGGAUCAAUUGUUACUAGACGUAGCCCAGAUAUUAAGAAAGGAAGAGCCUAAACACAGUUGGUUGUCGUUGUCCUCUUUUCAGCAGAAUGAUGCAAGUGUCGAGCCAUACAGCCAAGACAUACUGUUCGAAAUUGCAAACGUAGACAAAGAGAACAGAGCCAAAAAAGGUCCAAAGCUCCCAAAAGGCUCAUCUAAAGUUCACGAGGUUAAUCAUUUGCAUGAGAACAGAGAAAGCAUAGGAUUAUUCCGCUCUUGGAGUUGCAAGGAGGUGUUGUGCCAGAAGAAGACAAAAAGAAAUAAUCGUCCAUCAGCAAGACUGUUGAAAAAUAACAACGUAUGACACGUACAUAGCUUAGAAGAAGUUGAGAUUAACAAACAUGGACAGAGACAUUGAAGUGCAGGUACCGCCAAUUGAAUCCAAACUGGUCCUCCACAAGGGGAGUGCAUCAGAACAUAGAUUUUUUGUCUCCAUGCAUAAAAUAAAAAAUCUGUUUGCAUUAAGCUCUAGAGUUACAUCGCCUGUCUUUUGGCAUCUCUGAAAUCUCAAUUCUUCAAAUACCAAAUGGCGAAGUGUAUUUGUGAUUUUCAUUCCUUUGAGAUGGUUUACUCUUUACCAGUUCCCUGCG